AUGUACGCAGCACGCGCAGCAUAUCUCCAAUCAAGAAGUGGGCCAGGAGUAACUCGCCCAUUGCCAAUCACAGGGUCUUCAAGUCAAUGUCGAGACCUAGAUCCACAGUUGCUCGAUGUUAAACGCCGGACGGACCGCCAGUAUGAAGUAGGUGCAAGAGUUCUGGCACUUCGGUCAGGACACAAGUGGCGUGAAUAUGGGAACGCUCAAAUAUACUAA